GAUGUCGACCUAUCCUUCCCUUUAGUUAAGUUUAAUACGAAGUGAGCAGAAAGACGAAAGAUCAUAGUGAUGUCUCCGGUAUUCUCCGUUGUAUUAUUUUUACAUACAUUAUUGAUAUGUGCUGCAAUAGGAAAAGGAGGAAUUUCAUGGAAUCGGGGCAAGAAUUUUCUUCUAGUCUUUCCGGAUUCAGAAUCGGGUAAUGCAGACUUAAAGGUAUAUUUAUCAGCAAAGGAGAUAACAAAGGUGUUCAUUGAAGCCCCAGAAACAGGCUUGCAUUCUAACUACACGCUGCAGAUUGGUACGCAGGCCAUUAGUAUCAAUAAACAACUCGAACUACAUGGAUCAGGAUCUUGGAGAAAAGGUAUUCAUGUGAUCAGCGAUAAGGAUAUUAGUAUUUAUGCAGUCAGUCAACAACAAUACACUUCUGAUGGGUUUCUAGUGCUACCAUACACGGCCAUGUCUACAGAGUUUUAUGUGGUAUCCUAUACAGUAAAAACAAAGAGUGAAUUCGCUGUCGUCGCAGCCACUGAUGACACAACUGUUAAUGUUACGUUUUCUACCACUGCUGGGCGUGUUACGUUUGAAGGAAGUAGCUACGCAAAUGGACAAACACUAACAUAUAAACUGAACAGAUUAUCUGCACUUCAGAUUCAACACAGUCAUGAUUUAACGGGCACUCAUGUACAAAGCGAUAAAGCAAUAGCUGUUGUAUCAGGUAGUAAAUGUGCAUAUGUACCAUCGGAUACAGCUGCGUGUGACAUAAUGCUCGAAGUCAUCCCACCAGUUCACACCUGGCGUUAUAAAUAUAUAACAGCAGCCUUUAAGACACGUCUUCACAACAGAAUACGCAUCAUUUCGGGACAUGACGGGAACACUAUUAAACUGGGAAACAUUAAACAGUUCACACUGAAUAGAGGCCAGUUUUCAGAGCAGAUAAUUACUACUGACAUAGCUGUUUUACUUGAAUGCACAAAGCCUUGUUUACUUGUCCAGUACUCUGAAGGAUCUACUGCAGAUGGCGGAGUUGGAGAUCCAUUUAUGGCACUGAUACCAUCUCUUGACCAGUUUUCUUCAGAGUAUUAUUUCAAGACUCCAAACCUGUUUGACAGCCACUAUUUAACAAUCGUGAUACCAACAAAUAAAGUAUCAGGGUUGCGGCUAGACGGUGCAUCCUUGGUCGGACAAACGAAAACAGUUACUGCUUCGUUGAAUGGCAGAUCAGAGGUAAAUGCCGUAACUGAAAAGAACACAGAAAGUUACAGUGUAAUCCGGGUAGCUGUUUCGCACUCAUCACAUCACAUUGCUCAUGCAUCUGGGGAGCCCUUUGGCGCCAUUUUAUAUGGAUUUGCCAAGACAGAAUCGUACGGAUAUCCACUAGGAAUAAAUAUCUUCGGUAUUUCGGGUGUAAGGUUAUUAAAUGAGAGCAGCUCAAAGUCCGGACUAUUAGAAGUGUCAUUUGGUGGCAUGUGGACGUCUGUUUGUUCAAGCGCAGUUAGCAUCGAUGUUGCCAGGCUGAUCUGUAGAACGCUUGGCUAUGACAAAUACAAUUUAUCGCGGAAUGCAGUUCAGGUAAUCUCAACGGUAUCUUCUGACCUACAGCACUUGUCUGGAAAUAUCACCUGUGCAGGCAAUGAAGCGUCACUAGAGGAAUGUUCCGUGUCGCAGUAUAUACCAGAGACAUGCACAAGUGUAGCAGGAAUUGACUGUGCACCCUCUUUGCAAGAACUGGUACAUUCAAAAUGUACUUCAUCGACCUGGGAUAUAGCUGUAGACAUGGAUAAGCUUAAUUACAGGUUCCCUGGUUCCUUGCCCGGAGAUAUUUAUCUCGGCGAUAACACGUGUACAGGUAUAAUGCAGGGGAACCAGCUUCUCUUUAGACAUGACAUACAUGGAUGUGUCACGACAAACACGGCCACUAAAGACGAAAUCAUAUACUCUAACCAGCUCGUGUACGCGUACCAUGACCCACAAUACCACUUCAUCAUCCGCAAUUUUAACUGGACAAUAAAUAUCAACUGCCAUAUAUCUAGGAACCAAGCAGGGCAUAGUCAAGUGACCUAUAACCAAUCGACAGAUACAAGCCAGAUUUUGAAUUCUACAAGUCAGUAUGAAAUAGACACCCUGUUUUUCUUGGAUCCAAAUUUCAAACAGCCGACCUCUGGUAGUCCAUUGCAAGUUCCUGUUGGGACAAACGUGUUUGUGAAAUCGUAUGUCAGAGAUGUUGACUGGACGAUAAAAAUGCGACUUCACUCUUGUUAUACUACGACAUCGGCGGGUUCGAAUAACAUGAAAUAUUACCUUAUCAAAAACGGAUGCGAAGUUGACGCGAACACACAUCUACUUUCCCAAACAGAUCAUGAGACCAAGCUUGUAUUUCAAACGUUUGAAAUGACCGGUAUCCAUGGUGACCUGUACAUCAAGUGUGACGCAGUAUUCUGCGACACGUCAGAUUCUGCGUCAUCUCAGCAGUGUGACACAGCCUGCCGUCAGCGUUAGAAAUGUGCUGUUGCUGAUCUUAUUUGUAAAUAGAUUGAUACAGUCGUGCAAAAUGGUGUUGUUAUGAUUACACGCAUUUUUUGUAUGUGUACUAUUAAUUAAAACAGUUCAAACUAUA